ACGCGAUCGUGAUCAAACGACGGUUUCAUUAGGAAAAACCAGAUCAUCCAGCCGCGAUAGAGGCAGUAUAGUCGAGGAUGAUGUCGCGGUAUACCGGUCGUUCCCUCGUUGUCGUUGCUCUUUGUCUAUGUUUCGUCGUCGUCCACGCGAUCUAUGAUCCGAAAGAAUCGACAACAAAACCGCCAAAACGAAGAGAACCAGUGCUUCCUUGGUAUUCACCUGGUCCAGUCGAUUCCAAAGAAGAUCUAUCACGUUCUGCAAAAUGGCAAGUGGAUUCAGAUUACCCGAUUCCUCGAAAACCGUACGUAAUAGAGGCUGGGACGAAAACUUGGAGUCCUUGGAAAAAGAACAAGGGAAGCGAGAUCGAGCAGAGGACAGAAAUCACGAGAGAUUCUCAAAGCGCGAUAAAUUUUGAGCAAGAUGACAAUCUUUCUUCGAAGAGCAAUGACCAACAGAAAAAUGAACAAAUAGGGAUAAAGAGGGAUGAAGAGUUUUACGAGGGAGUACCCGCUGACAGCACGAAACCUCGCGAAGAAAAAAUUCUUGUUUCAACGGAAACGAAAUGGACAGUGGCUCGAUAUGACUCAAAGCACGGUGUUCAAUGCCCGGAAUUCGAUUCUACUGGACAAUUCGUAUAUCCCCCGGAUUGUAAAUUUUUCGUGAAUUGUUGGAAGGGCAGAGCUUUCGUUCAAGCAUGUGCUCCUGGUACAUUAUUCAAUCCAAACACGUUGGAAUGCGAUUUCCCUCAAAAAGUGAAAUGCUAUGGCGAGGAAAUUAACAAUUAUUAUAAUUUUCCAACGACCGAGCGUUUAGAUUCUUCCAGGCUGCAGGAGCCAAAAUGUCCGCCUCAUGUAACGGGAUUGAUAGCACAUCCCUUGGAUUGUACAAAAUUUUUACAAUGUGCUAAUGGAGGCACGUACAUAAUGGACUGUGGUCCUGGCACCGUGUUCAACCCUGCUGUUAUGGUUUGUGAUUGGCCACACAAUGUAAAGGGUUGCGAAGAUGCCUUGAAAUCUGAAGAAGAGACGACAAAACCAUUCGUUCCUCCUGAUUACGAGGAUCACGAUGGAAGAUUGCAAUACGAAAAGCCUCAAGCAAAGAAAAUUACCUGUCCCGAUGAUUACACAGGAUUGUUACCGCAUCCAGAAACAUGUAAAAAGUUCCUUCAAUGCGCGAAUGGUGGGACAUUUAUCAUGGAUUGUGGUCCUGGUACUGCUUUCAAUCCUAGCAUCUCUGUCUGUGAUUGGCCAUAUAAUGUCCCUGGUUGCAAGGAAGAUAAGCAACAACCGGUCGAUACUUCCUUCAAACCUUGGCCAUCUCACAAUUCUUCCCAUUCAAGAACUUGGCAUCACAAACACAACCACACGUCACAAGGAAAGGAUUGGGAUCCUUUAAAACCGACAUGGAGGCCAAUCUUGAAGAGGCCAAGCUCUCGAAUUAAUUGGAACGAUACGUCGGAUUCAAAUCCUCCACAGCCACAAUGGCCUCAUCGUGGCCACGGAUCAAAUGAUCGAAAUUAUAACGAUAGAUCCCAUCAUUAUCAUCACCAUCAUCAUUUUCAUUCACCAACGCAUGAUCCCAAAGACACUGAAGCGCAACAACCUGUUCCUUCUUUCCAUCAACCGCAUCAUCAAACAUCUGGAAACCAGGGAGUCGAAAAUUGGCAUUCGAAUCACGGCCAUCAUCACGAACAUCAUCAUUAUUAUCACGGUAGGCCUCAAGAUAGAUCGGAGAUUAUUGUUCCCAGUAAUCCUUGGACAGACGAAGAAAUCGAUCAACAGUCUAGAUUUGACACGAGAAAAGAUCACGAAGGUAGUCUCAAUCAAGGAUUCGAUCAUCGUGGUACUCAAGAUAGGCCUGAAACUGUUCCUUCUAAUACUUGGACAGUGGAAGAAACUGGUCAACAGGCUCAAAGGCCCACUUUUGACAUGAAAAAGGAUACUUUUAACGAGGAAUUCGAUCAUAGAGAUACUCAAGAUAGACCGGAAACUGUUGAUACUUGGACAGUCAAAGAAACUGUACAAGAAGCGCAAAGGCCUAGUUUUGGUGAAUUGUUCAAAGACAAUGUUCCAUGGAAUAAAGAUAAUGAUCAAGAAUCCGCAUCUAAUAGACAGGAAAGGAUGGGUCCUGGAUUUUCGCAGGCAGGAUUUGAUGAAACCUCGAUUUAUGCUAAUAAUCGUAAUUAUCAACCAGUGGAUAACUCGAGAUUCGACACGCAGAUUGCAGGCAACAGAAGAAUUUGGAAUCAAACCAGAUUGACGGAAAAUGGUUUCAGUAAUUGGAAUCAACAGGGACGAGAACAGAUGCCAAAUCAAAAUCGACGUUGGGAUCAAGAUCCUGUUAACAAGGAUGACAAAUUCUAUGAAGGAAAAUUUAGACCUAAUAUUUAUCAAAGUACAGCUGAUAGACAAGCAGAUUCUAAGUUAGAUACGUGGGCAUCGAAAACGAACAUUUUUCAGCAUUCUAAAGGCCAAUUUGGAUCAGGAGUAAAAAAUACAGCAUUUAAUUCAACGAAGAUUAAUCCAAAUGGUAUAAACGCGAAUAUAAAUGGUACAAGAGGUCAUUUCAUCACAAAAGAAAUCGAAGUGAAUCAAGGCCACUCGAAAAUGAGAACUUACAGACCAAACGAUCUCCCAGGUCUGAAUGAAUUCAACAAAAGUGAUAGAAAUAUCUAUGUCGAUUCCCGAACAAACGUCGAUAACAUACCACUUACGGUUCUUCAACCACCACCCAUUACUUCUGAUAAUCAUCCCUCUGGAUCGAACAAUAUCCUACGCAAUAAUUCUUUUGGACAUCGAACUCACAGGUAUCAUUGGACAUACAACUCUUCCGCGAAUUCUGGAAAUUUGUCACCCUCUGGUAAUUAUAACAAUCGUGUACUCGUGCCGUCACGGGAACUUCAACCACCAUAUCCAUCCCUUAACAAGUCUCUGGUCCCUCCAUUUCUAUCAAAUUUCUUAAAGUAUUCUCCAAUACCAUCCCCCGAUUUGCAACCACCAGAUGACCACCAGUCUACGAAUAAAUUUUCUAUCGGUUGGCAAUUACCAAAUGACCCAAUCGAACGCGAGUUGCCAACUUACGAGAAUCGAAACACUUUUCAACCAUCGAGUCAAUUGGUUCCUCCGAUUUUCGAAUUGAACGUAAGUGGCCGAUAUCCAAACGUUCCAUCGACAAAUCUCGAACCACCUGACCAAGAAUUCGAUAGUUUCUUCAACGAUUCCGUCGUCAAUAACGCGACACGAGAGAUUCCGUCUUUGACAAUUCCACCAAGGAAAAGAUUCGCCAACACCACCGAGAGUUCCGAAAACAGUGAAAUUUCUACGACCGAUCCAAACGUGCCCACCGUGUGGAUAGAUUACGAAAACUCUUCGACGAUCGAGCAUCCGGAUAUUGUCGAGCCUGCUUCCGAGGAAUCUGAAGCCGUAGAAUCCGUGGACGUGUUGAGCGACAAGAAAGAGUGGAAGCCUGUACUGGUUUUUAAAAAUGUGACUGAAACGACCACGAAGGCUUCUGUUAUCAUGAAGAUCGAUAAGAAGAACGUGGAUGUAGAUCUUUUCAAUGUAGACGCUGCCCCUUUCGCGAAAGAGGAUCCACCAUUUCCAUCGUAUUAUAUACCACCAGUGGAACCAUUAGAUCAUUCCAAGAAGACUGUUAUGCCAACACCAAUUUCCGGCCAGGUGAUACGACUUAGAGGAGGGUCUGGACCUCACGAUGGAUAUGUAGAAGUUCAAGGCACGAAUCCCGGUUGGGGAAUCGUUUGUGACUCGAGAAAUGGUUGGACCUUAAAAGAAGCACAUGUCGUAUGCAAACAGCUUGGAUAUACGAGGGGCGCCGAGAUGGCUUGGCAAGGGAGAAAUGGUCGAAAUGGCAUGCCAACUUGGAUAGCCGCAAAUUCUGUCUCGUGUCAAGGCGACGAGGAUAAAUUUCAAUCGUGCAAAUUCACACAUGUGCAAGAGUGUCGAGUGGAAAGGGACGCGAUUGGAGUAAGAUGCGCUCUAAAUCGGGUCGCCAACUGUCGCAAGGAUGAAGUACCACACGAAGAACAAUGUUACCAUUUGGCGGAGGCAGAGAGCGGUUUGAACCAUCAGGAAGCAUUGGAUUAUUGCACGAAUAGGGAUUCGAGACUCUUAGAUAUCACGAGCCAGGCGGAAAACAAUUUCAUCUCUGAGUGGUUGGUUCAAAAGCAACCAGAAAUCGCCUCGAUUAUGACUUCCGGUGUUGGUUUCACCACCAUGGGUCAUACCUUGUGGAUCUGGGAAGAUUCCUCCCGUACGAAAUUUAGGUUUACCAAAUGGUGGCCAGGUUGGAUGGAAGAUAAUAAACAACCUCCAUCCGUGGGUACCCGCCCACGUUGUAUCGUAAUGAAGAGGAAAUUUCCAUGCCACGAAAGACCAGACUCGAUUUGCGUUGCUGAUUACUUCUUCUGGGACGCUGAAGAUUGCGCUUCCUCCAAUAAAGGCCACUCUUUCAUUUGCAAGAGGCCCUAUGACGACAUCGGUUGUAUUUAUGGGAAGGGAAGUCAAUACGCCGGAAACGCGAGUAUAACAGCUUCGGGGAAAGAUUGUUUAUCAUGGGGAGACGAGAAAGUCGCUUAUCCACUUGAAAUAAAUGUCGUUAAUCGAGAAAUAAGAGAAAAAUUGAAAAACCACAAUUACUGCAGAAAUCCGAAUCCGAACAGAGAGAACAGGCCAUGGUGUUUCACGGGACCACGUGCAGAACGUGAACAUUGUGAUAUUCCACCUUGUGGAAAUAUAGGUACUCAAAGGCGUUCGGUGAGUCAAUGCAAACCUAAACAUUUCGAAUGUUUACCAGGAGAAUGUAUUCCAUCGCCAUGGGUUUGCGAUGAAGAAGAGGAUUGUACGAACGGGGCGGAUGAGAGAGAUUGCGUCUCGCACAUGUACCUCUUCAAAAAAUACUCGAAGCAGAAAUUAGAGGGAUAUGACGUUGAAAAGUGGUUGAACACACCAUUGAAGACGUGUGCUCUCAGAUGCAAAGAGGCCGAUUUCAUUUGCCGAUCUUUUGCGCAUAAAGCUAUAGAAAACAUUUGUCUUCUGAGCGACAGUAAUAUAGGAAUGACAGGAAAGUUGAAACCCAGCACGGAAUUCGAUUAUUACGAGAUGAAGGACAGGAGCAUGAACUGCGAAGGAAUGUUCGUUUGUGAAAAUCAAAAGUGCAUAAAUCAAAGCCAAGUGUGCAAUGGAAAAAAUGAUUGCCACGAUCGGAGCGACGAGAAUGUUUGCACUGUAGAAAAUUUGGAUUACGAGAUUCGGCUGGCUGGUUCAGAUUACAAUAACGAAGGAAGAGUUGAAGUCAAGAUUUUGGGAAUUUGGGGACAAGUGUGCGACGAUGGUUUCGGAAUGAUCGAUGCCGAUGUUAUUUGCAAAGAGCUCGGUUUCGUUCUUGGCGCUUUGGAAGUGAAACCAGGAGGCUUUUAUGGAAAUAUGGAUCCGUCGACAAGAUUUAUGGUCGAUCAAUUAAGAUGUCGAGGAAACGAAACUUCCUUACGCGAAUGCGACUUUGAAGGUUGGGGGGUUCACGAUUGUCAACCGGAAGAAGCUGUAGGUAUCGUUUGCAAGACCGCAGUCAAUACUUGUCCAGAUGGUCAAUGGAAGUGUGACAACAGCCCGAUGUGUAUUUCGACUGCGUUUAUAUGCGACGAGGUUGUCGAUUGUCAAGACGGUUCAGACGAGAGCCCCGAGCAUUGUAACGUACCGUUUGAGAUACGUUUGGCAAAUGGAAAUACGGCUUACGAGGGAAGGAUCGAAGUUCGUCAUCAUGGCGUGUGGGGUACCGUUUGCGACGAUGAUUUCUCGAAUGCAGCUGCUACGGUGAUUUGCAGGUCUUUAGGAUUCAAUGGGCGUGCUCUGGCAAAGAAAGAUGGAUAUUUUGGACCGGGAGAGGGGCCCAUAUGGCUCGAUGAAGUUUUCUGCUAUGGAAACGAGACUCAGCUGAAUCGAUGCGAGCACAACCAUUGGGGUGAGCAUAAUUGCAAUCACGAGGAGGACGCAGGUGUGAUUUGUACACCUGGAGAUGUUAACGAUUCCAAGGUAAAUCGAAACAUUCCCUCUCGAUGGAGGGAUAGUUUAAUUUUCAAAUGGGAGAUACCGCCUGAGAUGCCGCAGAAGAACAUCAAUGAUAUACUUCCGACCAAUUGCGGCAGACGAUUCAAAGAUUUCAACGAGGACGAGGAUCUGAUAUUUCAAAAAGUGGUGCGAGGUAACAUUGCACCCAAGGGCUCCUAUCCAUGGCAGGCCAGUAUUCGCGUACGAGGGUACAGUAAAUCAAAUCAUUGGUGUGGGGCAGUGAUUAUUUCUCCUUUGCAUGUGCUCACCGCUGCACAUUGUUUGGAGGGUUACAAUAAGAAAACUUAUUUCGUUCGUGCUGGUGAUUACAAUACGGAGAUAGACGAAGGGACGGAGAUCGAGGCCAACAUCGAGGAUUAUUACAUUCACGAAGAGUUUCGUAAAGGCCAUCGAAUGAACAACGAUAUCGCACUGGUAUUGUUAAAAGGGCGAGGAAUACCUCUUGGAAAGAAUGUUAUGCCAAUUUGCCUGCCAUCCGAGAGAAUCGAGUAUCCAGCAGGUCUUAAUUGCACCAUCAGCGGAUUUGGCAGUAUCGAGACUGGAAAAUCAACUCAUUCCAAAGAUCUAAGAUACGGUUGGAUACCGUUAUUAGAUCAGUCCGUGUGUCGUGCCGGACAUGUUUAUGGCGAGCGUGCAAUCAGUGAUGGAAUGGUCUGCGCCGGAUAUCUUAAUGAAGGUAUUGACACCUGUGACGGAGAUUCUGGAGGUCCAUUGGUGUGCUUGCACAAUGGCGUUUUCACGUUGUACGGCCUUACCAGUUGGGGACAACAUUGCGGAAAAAUGAAUAAACCUGGUGUUUAUGUCCGAGUUUCUUACUAUAGACAAUGGAUCGAUAAGAAAAUAAAAAUUUCCCUCGAAGGGAAAUAAAAAAUAUUUUUCUAAAAUCGUGAUGUCGAUCUUAUUGAAAAAUAAUGACAUCUAUGACGUACAAAUUUUUUUAUUACUUAUUUACACAUUAAGUCAUAGAUUAACGUGCAAUUAUUUUUUUAAAAUUCAUCAUAUUUUUCUAGAUAUAAAAUCAUUAGAUUGGAUUAUGGAUAUUUAUGCGUUCAUAGAAAAUUUAAUUUUUUAAGUAAUUAAUAAGUAGAUAAUAUAAUAAUAUACAGAAUAUAAAAUGAUAAUAUAAUAUGAUAAAGACACGAUGAUAAAGUCUCGUAUCACUAUGGAAUGGCUUUUCACGAUGAGCUAUAAAGUUUAAGGGGUUAAAAAUGUAAAAAUGUACAAACUGUAUAUAUAAGGAAUGUAUAAAAUAUCCAAAGACUAUGGUAUAAUACUUAAUACACGAAACAAAUUUUUAUGUAGGUGCUAUUUGCUCAGUUAUGUUCCUUAAAAUGUUCCAUAAAUAUCCACAGUCUAGUUAUUACCUGGAUAAUCAUCAUUAACUAUGGAAGUGUUAUUAGUUAUUUAACGAGUAUAUAGCAUGUUUAAUAAAGAAUUUUUACAAUUAUUUGUAUAAUUUUAGUGGUUACUUUAUUGGUAGGAGAAAAAAAAAGGAAAUUGAAAUGAAAAGUUAACUUACCUUUGCAAAUUCAAAAUUGAUGAGUGCAAAUUUGAAAAAACACACUUUGAAGAAACGUCCAUUAAUUUGUAGUUUAUUUCGUAAGACAUCAUCGUUUCUACAAUAAUUGUAAUUGUUGUCUUGUCGCUGUUACAUGUUUGAGCCUAUUUAUGUACAAUAGUCCCAACAUACUCGAUCGGAUGAAAACGAAAAUCGCUGUGAAACGGAAAUUUUCGACAUUUUUUUUUUCUUCUUCUU